AUGACAGAUCGGUAUAAUCUACGUAGUGGCAAGGGCAAACCAGGCGGUAUGAACGGGGAGGACGGAGGUCGUGCGUCGGCGGUCAACGCUGAGGGUGAUAGUAGCAGUAGUAGCUCAGAGAUGUCGGUGGCAGACAAGAUGUCACUAAUGCAAUUGCAAUUACAAAUCGCAGAGGCAGAACUGGAGAAGCAAAGGCUUCUGUUAGAAACUCAACGCCUUCAAAAUUCGAGCGCGGUGUCCGUGGUGGAUGGGAGGGGCGGACUUGGGGGUGCUGAGGAAGAUAGGAGGCUGAAAUACGCCAGCCUAUUGAAGGGUGUCCUCGCCCCCAUGCCUACUCAUGAACCGCUGGUGCCCGGAUGGUUUGAGGAUGUUGAGGCGACCCUAGACUCGUAUGGUGUGCCCAACGAGUGGUGGGCGGGGAUGGUCUUGCCGCGGUUGAGUGAGAGGGCUCGGGGCAUGCUUGCCAAGCUCUCCGCAGAAGAGCGCAAGGACUAUCGGACGCUCAAAUCCAAAGUAUUGGGGGGUCUGCGGCUGUCAGCGGCUGAAUACAGACGUCUCUUUCUGAGCUCUAGGAAGGGUAGCAAGGAGACGUGGGAGCAGUUUUCGGUCAGGCUCGAGAACUACUUGCAAUACUACCUGAACAGCUCCAAGGUACAGACCAUGGAGGAGUUGCAACAGCUAAUGGUUAGCGACCGCAUGAAGGAGUGUCUUGCACCAGACGCUAGAGCCCACGUCAUACUAAAGGAAAAGGGAGGCUUCCUGACCCCGAGCGCGAUUGCUCAGCUCUCAGAGGACUUUGACGAAAGUCUGAGAUCGAAGGGGGGUUCGGCUACAGACAGGGGCGCUACGACAAAAAAGCCGAAUACAGAAGCACGCGACAAGGACGGACGGUCAGCCGCACCGUUCGGGCGCCGCUGCUUCGGCUGUAACAAGCCGGGUCAUAUCGCAAAAGAUUGCCCUACCCGUAACACCAACCCGAGCAACCGGAUGGGAAAACGUAACGAGGAAAAGGAUCGCACGUUGGCAGCUAUGGUCAGUGCGAUAGAAUUUGAGGUUGAGCCCCGAACGGCGCCAUCAAAGGAGUGCAGUGGCGGACACACGGUGUCGCUAAAAAGUGGCGAUGUGAAUAUUACUGCAAUCGUGGACUCCGGGGCCGACAUUAGUGUGAUUCGACAGUCUAUCCUCCGUGACUAUGAGGCCGCGGGCUCCAGGAUUGAGCUCACGAGUGCGUUCGGCGAUCGGGUGACCGCGGAGCUUGCGUAUGUGCCGCUUAGUGCCGUCACGGGGGGCCCGUAUGUCUCGUUGCAACCGGGAAGUCAAGGGGUGUUAUGCGCCCUUACGGAGAGGUUGGUUGAGGGGGUUGACGCUUUGAUCACGCCUUCUGAUUACGAGCAGCUUCUCAGCGAGCGAGUAUGCACUGACUCCGCGCCUCGGCCCAUGGGGUCAAUGGCAAGUGAAACAGUUGAGAAGGGUGGGGAGAUCGGUGAGCAGUCGUUAGAGGCAGAAGUGCUGACUGUAAUGACGGAGGAACGAGAAACUGCCAGUGGGGCGAAUCCGAUUGCCAGGCAUGAGUUUAGGCGAUGUCAGGAAAGCGACACGACACUAGAUGAGGCCUGGAAGCAAGCUCGCCUGGGAACGCAUGGAAUGGUUGUAAUGGACGAGCUUCUAUACCAUUGUGAACCAAUGGCCGGUCGAUCAUGUAACCAGUUGGUGUUCCCUAAGGGUCGACGUGAGGAGGUGCUCCGAAUGGCACACGAUUCUGCAUGGGCUGGGCAUCUCGGUGAGCGUAAAACACUUCAGCGCAUCAAGCAGUCGUUCUAUUGGCCAGGCGUGGCCGCCGAUGUCAAGGCAUACUGCCAAAGCUGUCACACGUGCCAAGUGAGGUCUCCCGCGCGACAGUCAGACCGAGUGCCUAUUGCGCCGCUCACGAGACCGGACGCGCCUUUCCAAAUGGUAAACAUGGAUAUUAUUGGCCCGCUCGAUCCGCCUUCAGGUAGGGGUCACCGCUAUGCGCUCUGUGUCGUGGACUACUGCACGAGAUGGCCCGAAGUCAUCUGCCUUCGAUCACUGACCGCGAAGGCAACAUGUGACGCUCUCUUAGAAAUCUUCUCGAGAAUGGGAGUUCCUGAGACGGUUUGCUCGGAUCAGGGAACUAACUUUACGGCAAAACUCACUCAGGAGCUUAUGGCAAGGCUAGGAGCGACGCCGCGGUUCUCUACACCGGACCACCCGCAGAGCAACGGACUCGUGGAGAGGUGGAACGGAACAUUCAAGGCGAUGUUAAGCCACGUAGUCCAGGAGCAUGGGCGCGACUGGGAUAGGUACAUACCGUACCUCUUAUGGGCGUAUCGCGAGGUUCCCAACGCUACAACCGGUGAGACACCGUUCGAGAUGAUGUACGGUAGGGUGCCGAUCGGGCCACUGGCUAUACUUCAGAAAACAUGGACGGGUGAGUGGACGGUGCCAGACUCGCUGAAUGUCUCAGCAGGAACGUAUCUGUCUCAGUUGCGAAAGCGCCUCGAGAGUGCAUCCGAACGUGCAAAGGAGACAGGUGCGCUGACCCAGGAGGCCUAUGCUAACCGGUACAACCUACGGGUUAGGGAUAAGCAGUUCAGUGAUGGGGACCAGGUCUUGUGGUCCGAAAGAGAAAAAGAGGGUAAGUUGAGGCCAAAGUGGACCGGACCGGUCACGAUAGUUCGGCGGUUGCGUCCGUAUUCCUAUGAAGUGGAGCUCGAGGAUCAAAGCCGUAGAACUGUCCACGCAAACAACCUAAGGGCAUAUCACUCUCGCGUGUCAGUAGUGGGCGUGAUCUUCGAGGAGGAUCGAGCGUUCGGUGACGUUCCUACCCUUCCGAGUGCUAAAGGAAAUGAGGAAAGCGGUGAGCUUCCGACGGUCGCUCAUUUGACGAAACCCCAGCAGUAUCAGCUGAAGGCAUUGGUAGAGAAAAACCGCGUCGUAUUUUCUGAAAGGCCGGGAAUGUGCAACGUUGGAAAGCAUAAAAUCACACUGCAAGAGGGGUCCGAACCUCAGCGUGCGUACCCGUACCGGGUUCCUAUGGCGUUCAGACGAGAAGUGGAACGCCAGGUGCACGAGCUUGAAGAAUGGGGCUUAGUGUAUCCAGUGGAAAGUAGUCACGCGCAUCCAGUGGCUGUAGGCCACCAGGCUCCUGAAGUAGCUGACGUCAGUGUUGGUAACCAACUAGCUGCAAUCAGGGCUGCACUAAAAGAGCUACUGUCUCUAAAGUCAAGUGUUGCUACACUGCUGCCUCUUCCAGCGAAGGUUGACCAGUUGUUGGCCUUGGGACCUGUUGUCGAUGAACUGCGUAGUACGGUCGGUGGUCUCCAGUCAGCCGUUGACUCUUUUGGUGCUAAGUACGACUCCGUCCUUUCUCUGGUGAAAAUAAACGAGGAAUCGGUAAAGAACCUGCAAACCGAGGUGGGAACAGUCAAGGCGACGAUGGUCGAACAGUCGCGGGAAAUUGAACAUUUGAGGAUAGAGCUCAACGAAGCGCAACAGUACAGCCGCCGAUGCAAUAUGGAGACAUCCUGGUUAUUCAUCGCUUGGCAAGAAAACGUGACAGCGCUCCUACGGUUCUCGUAA